AUGGCAGCGACAACAUCGAAUGACCUUAUCUGCUUCACAAAUUGCUUCCUCCCGCAGGAAGACGGUGGUUUAAUUGAAAAGGAUUUGUGGAUUGAUGAGCGGCGUGGUGUCAUACUAGAUGCGCAGCGAACCUUCUUCCUGCGCAAGGAGCGUCCGAAUACGAUUAUUGAUCUUGGGGGAAACAUCUUAAGUCCAGGCUUUAUUGACAUUCAGAUCAAUGGAGGCUUUGGUUUUGACUUCUCUGUCUACGAAGGCGACGACCAAACUUAUCGAGAUGGGUUGAAGUUGGUCGCAGAGAAAAUUGUUGAGACGGGUGUGACUUCCUUGGUCCCCACGAUUAUCACUCAAGAAAAGGCCUUUUACCCCAAGCUUCUUAACCUGCUUCGUCCAUGGUCACCUCCACACGCAGCACACCUCCUCGGGUGGCAUGCUGAGGGGCCGUUCCUACAGAUGUCCAAACGAGGUGCCCAUUCGCCCGCGUUAAUCAUACCUGCCUCAGAAGGCUUCAAGACUUUCGAGUCUAUUUACAGUCCAGAGAACCUAGCAGAAGCGGAAGACUGGCUCAUGUCGGGUGACACCCUCUACGACACUGUGGGUGUGCGCAUUAUAACAGCUGCGCCUGAGGUCGAGGGCGUUAUGGAGGCUAUUAACGAAGCCAGCAAGCGUGGAAUCUGUUUCAAUAUUGGACACAGCAUGGCUACGACGGAUAUUGCAACUGCAGCAGUACGGAAUGGUGCGAGAUGCAUCACACAUCUCUUCAACGCAAUGCCACAGCUUCACCAUCGCGACCCGUCUAUCAUUGGUUUACUUGGAGCUUCUCCUUAUCUAUCUCCUUCGUCUUCAGCUUUUUUGCCAUUUCCUUCCGCUAUCAUCAGUGCCCUCAAUGCCUCGAUAUCUUCGCUUCCAAUCACCAAGGACCCAUUAAUCGAUCAUAUAUCGGAAGCAUUUGAUGAGAUUAAGACACCCCCUCAGACACCCAUGCUCCUUGCGGAACAAGCUCACAAGAAAUUUCUCCUUCCCACAGGCAAUGAGCCAAAGAAAGAUUUGACGACUAUACUGUUCGAUCGACCAUUCUAUGAGAUUAUCGUGGAUGGGAUUCAUUCUCAUCCCAACUCCGUGAGACUGGCAUACAGUGCUCAUCCAGACGGGUGCAUCUUGAUUACCGAUGCCAUGAAGAUCUUGGACCCGCACCUCAAGGAUGGUGUUCACGACUGGCGCGAUGGCCGUCGAUUUUACAAGGAGGGCGAUAAGCUUUACAUAGAGGGUACCACCACCCUUGCCGGAAGCGUGGUCACCCUCGACAAAUGCGUACGGAACUUCGUGCGCUACACGGGCUGCUCCAUUGGUCAAGCCAUCGUAUGUGCAACUUACAAUCCUGCAAGGUGCCUUAACAUUGAGAACAAGAAGGGUACGCUGCGCGCCGGUGCAGACGCAGACUUGGUGGUACUUGACCAUCAAGGUGACAUAUUAAGCACCUGGGUGAAGGGCAAGAUGGUGUGGGCAAGGAAGUAG